UCUUACUUGCACAAAAAUGUCGAGUUUGAUGCAAGAAACAAUGGUUCCUUUGGUUUAUGCUCCACCCUUCUUACUCCUACUCUUCUUUCUCAUCAAGUUCUAUUAUUUUAGUCGACCCUCCACCAUGAUAAACCUACCACCUUCGCCACCAAAACUGCCAGUGAUCGGCAACAUCCACCAGCUAGGACCAAUCCUCCACCGCUCCCUUCUUGAUUUAUCCAAACGCUACGGUGGUCCACUGAUGCUCAUGCGCAUGGGCUCUGUCCCAACCCUGGUAGUCUCAUCAGCAGAAGCAGCACGUGAGAUAAUGAAAACCCAAGAUCUCAUAUUUGCCACCAGACCCGAAUUGCGAAGGUGGCGUCAAAUCCUCUACGAUCAAAAAGAAGUCUCGGUGGCGCCUUAUGGUGAGCACUGGAGGCAAUUCAAGAGCAUCUUAGUUAUUCAUUUCUUGAGCAAGAACAAGGUCGAAGCUUAUCGUGAAGUGAGGGAAGAAGAAACGGAGAUUGCAAUUGAGAAAAUCAAGAAAUCUUGUAACAUGCAGGAGGCGGUGAAUUUGACUGAUCUGUUCCAAAAACUUACGAAUGAUGUGGUAUGUAGGGUGACGUUUGGAAUGAAGUAUAGCGAAGGGGAGAGUGGGAGGAAGUUCAAGAACAUGUUGAAGGAAUAUUUUGAUGUAUUGAGUGAGCUUAAUUUUGAGGAUAUGAUUCCAUGGCUUUGGUGGGUGGAUCGAGUGAGAGGGACUAGUGCUAGAGUCGAGAAAGUUGCUAAAGAGGUCGAUGAGUUCUUGGAUGGACUGGUGGAGGAGCGGCUGAGGAAACAGUCGACUAGUGGCGACGAUGAUGAUGUUGAUAACAGUGAAGACUUCCUUGACAUAUUGAUUAAGAUCCAAAAGAAAGAUGCUAAUAGCCUUCUAGACAGAGAUGGCAUCAAAGGACUCCUCUUGGAUGUAUAUACCGCUGGAACAGACACAACAACAACAGUAUUGGAAUGGGCAUUUGCAGAACUUCUAAAACAUCCUAGGACUUUCAAGAAACUUCAGGAUGAAGUGAGGAUGGUUCUUCAGGACAAGAACCAUAUAAACCAACAAGAUAUCGACAACAUGAAAUACUUGAAAGCUGUGAUAAAAGAAACUUUACGUCUUCAUCCCCCUGCCCCAACCCUAAUUCCUCGAGUCUCGAGAGAAGAUGCAAAAGUCAUGGGCUACGACAUCAUGAAAGGAACUAGGGUUAUUAUUAAUGGAUGGGCCAUUCAAAGAGACCCUAAAGUAUGGGAUGAACCUGACGAGUUUCAACCGGAGAGGUUCUUGGAUAAUAAUAUUGAUUACAAAGGGCACGACUUUGAACUGAUUCCUUUCGGUGCAGGAAGAAGGGGGUGUCCGGGGAUGCAAUUUGCACUGGUGAUAGAUGAACAUGUGUUGGCUACUCUUUUGCAGAAGUUCGAUUGGGAGUUGCCGAAUGGAGGUAAAGAAGCGGACCUAGAUAUGGAGGAAGAGCCUGGCAUUACGGUUCACAAGAAGGUUCCUCUUUUGGUCAUGGCAAAAGAAUUCUCUUCCUAAAUCGUAUAUCAUUAAAAUAAUAGGUUUCAUACACCUAUGAGUAUAUGUAGUUAAGCAUUUUAAUUUUGUCAUUGUGUAACCAUGUGUUAAUGGUGUUUAUUUCCACUGUGAUAGGUCUUUGAGUGUUUUUUAAAAAAAAAAAAAAACAACAAAAGCAAUAUAUUAACACCUCCCCAUCAAGAAGCUAGAGAGGG